AUUACAGCAACCAGCAAAGAGCGCGAAUAUUGAAAUUAAUUUGCUCUGGCCUUAAUCUAAUCGAAAAGGUCUUGAGAUCAAUGGUUUUAUGUACAAACAACCAUUCCGAAGUGAUUGCACCGAUAUAUGUUUUAAUAUAAAUUAGAAUACCAAGUUGUUUUCUAUGCUAAUCUCUUUUUUUUCCUGUGCGAUGGUAAAUUGAAAAGUUAUUGUCUAGUCUGCGAACCAUCGGCGGUAAUCCGAUGCGAAUUGAACGACGGCCGAAUUAAUUUAUUUCAGUUUGUCUCGCUCCGUUCGAGUUGCCAUCCUCCUCAUCUCAUCGCCAGUCUUCUCGGCUUCCCCCCUCAUCUUAUAUAUGUACAUAUAGUAUGGGCAUAUAGCGACAUCGGCGUUCGCAUCGCAUUUCACGUGGCCCAGCAAAGUACCCAAUUUUCAUAACCGUUUUGCCGGUGAUCGCGAGUUGAAAACAGUGUGAUUAUGAUUAAUAAAUAUUCAUAAGCGUCACGAGAUUUGGAUCUGGAUUUCCGAUGGGCUUUCGAUCAGUCCAUCAGAUUGGCUUUGGCUUUGGCUUUGGCUUCUGCUUUGGCUUCGGCUUGGAGACAGUAUAUAGAUGAUAUAGUCGGCAGCCUCAGUCGGCGUCGCUGCCCGCCGCAGCUGGGUUAACUAGUUUCGAGUUUUGCAAAUUUGCCGCGCAUUAAUACGUGCUCUAAGUCACAGUGAAUAUCGGUUCGAAAGAAUGAUCGGAUGUGCCUCUGCACAGAAAGGGAUACGCUUUCGGAAUAAGGCACCUCUGCCCGGCAUGAGUUCUUUCAAUACUUUCAUUGGCACUCCUCACAGCUAUAAGAAUCAAAAACAAUAACAGUUGCCAUCGCCGCUGAUGUUGCGUGCGUUGCCGCCGUUGUCGCUCUAACUGCGAACGGUCCGCCGCUGUACCGCUGUACCGCUCCACCUGUCCGUCGUCCGCCGAGCGCCGAGCGCCGAGUGCCGACCGCCCACCGCCAGACAGAGCGGACGGGCCAUAAAUCAGGCGCCCGAUAAAAGGAAGGGGAGGCAAGAUGUCGCAGCCACAUGAGGCAACAGCGGCCCCCGCAGCCGCUCCACUUUCGCUGCACCUGGAGAAGCCCUUGAACAAUGGUUACCUACAGGCGAACGUGCCGCUGGAGGAGCUGAGCGCCACGGUGGUGUCGCCGCUUCUGGGGCAGCAACAGGUGCCACAUCCGGUGCAGCAGCAGCAGCAGCAGCAGCAGCAAAGCCAGGUGCCACAGCUACAGCAGCAACAGCAGCAGCAGCACAAGCUGCCCACCGUCGUUUUCCUGGCGCCCGACGGCAGUGGGGGCGUGGGAAUCCAGCGGAACGCAACGCCGGGAAACCCGGGGGCAGGAGGGGGUGGAGGGGGCAGCAGCAGCAGCGACUGGCUGCUCAAGGAGUCGCAGCAGAGGCGCCGCCUGCUCGUCCUGGCCAUCGCCUUCACCGUUCUGGGAGCCGCCAUCGGAGCCCUGGCCAUCUACUUCGCCAGCGUCCACCAGCGAUGCCAGUUGUACCACCUGGAGCCAGGCAACGAUGACAGACCGAAAGGCAGGUGGAACCAGUACUCGGGAUCCGCCCCCGAGGGCCCGGAAAACAUAUGCAUGACCCAGGAGUGCGUGAGAACAGCGGCCUCCCUGCUCUCGGCCAUGGACCUCAACUCCGAUCCCUGCGAGGACUUUUUCCAGUACGCCUGCGGCACUUGGAACAAGAUGCAUCCCAUUCCCGAGGACCGCAGCUCCAUCAGCACGUUCGAGGUCCUGUCCGACCAGCAGCAGGUGAUCCUGCGCGCCGUCCUCGAGGAGCCGAUCGACGACCGCGACAACCAGGCCACCAUCAAGGCCAAGACCUUCUUCAAGAGCUGCAUGGACAUACCUCAAAUCCGCAAGGUCGGCAUCGGACGGCUCAAGCAGGUGCUGCGCUCCCUGGGCGGCUGGCCGGUCAUCGAGCGGGACUGGCGUCCGCCGGCUAACCUCUCCGUGGAGCGGCUGAUGGGCCAGCUGCGGCUCAACUACAGCGAGCCGGUGAUGAUCGAGCUGUACGUGGGCGCCGACGACAAGAACAGCUCGGUGAACAUCCUGCAGAUGGACCAGCUGCAGUACGCGCUGCCCUCGCGCGACUACUACCUGAAGGAGAGCAGCGAGAACGACCGCCGCGCCUACCACCGCUACAUGACGCAGGUCUCCCUGCUCCUCGGGGCCGAUCCCGCCACCGCGGCCGCCGAGCUCGAGGAGGUGGUGCGCUUCGAGACGCAGCUGGUGAACGUCUCGCUGCCGGAGGCGGACCGCCACGACACCAGUACCGUCUACUUCAAGACCUCGCUGCCGGAGCUGCAGCGUCUGGUGCCCGAGGUGCAGUGGCGGGAGUACCUGCAGGCGGCCCUCGGCGCUGAGAUCCCGCUGCAGACGGACGAGCCGCUGGUCACCUAUGGGCUGGAGUACCUCACCGAGAUGGGCCGCAUCCUGGCCGACACCGAUCGGCGCGUGGUGCACAACUACAUGCUGUGGCGGCUGGUCAUGUCGCUGAUGUCGCACAUGAUCGACGAGUACCAGCGGGAGCGCGUGGAGUUCCGCAAGAUCCUCAUGGGCAUCCAGUCGGAGCGGACGCGCGGCUCGCAGUGCGUCGAGUGGACCAACAAGAAGCUGGGCGUGGCCGUGGGCGCCCUCUUCAUCCGGGACAACUUCAACCAGGAGAGCAAGGAGGUGGCCCUCGAGAUGAUCCACACGAUCCGGGCGGCCUUCAACGAGCUGCUGGCCGAGAACGACUGGAUGGACGACGAGACGCGGGCGGUGGCCAAGGAGAAGGCGGACUCCAUGAACGAGCGCAUCGGCUAUCCGGAGCUGCUGACCAACGCCACCGAGUUGGAGCAGGAGUACGUGAAUCUGACGAUUGUCCCGGACAACUUCAUCAACAAUGUGCUGAGCAUCCUGCACUGGGAGUCGGAGAAGAUGCUGCGCCUCCUGCGACAGCCGGUGGACAAGGAGAAGUGGACCACCGAGCCGGCGGUGGUGAACGCCUUCUACAACCCCAACAAGAACGACAUAGUAUUUCCCGCUGGCAUCCUGCAGCCGCUGUUCUACAGCCAGCACUUCCCCAAGUCGCUCAACUACGGCGGCAUCGGCGUGGUCAUCGGGCACGAGAUCACCCACGGGUUCGACGACAAGGGGCGGCAGUUCGACAAGGAGGGCAACAUGAUGCAGUGGUGGAACAACGCCACCAUCGAGGCCUUUCGCGAGCGGACGCAGUGCGUCAUCGACCAGUACUCGGGCUACAAAAUCAACGAGGUGGACAUGUUCAUGGACGGACGGAUGACGCAGGGCGAGAACAUCGCCGACAACGGCGGUCUGAAGCAGGCCUUCAGGGCCUACAAGAAGUGGGAGGCGCUGCACGGCCGGGAGCAGCUGCUGCCCGGCCUGAACAUGACCCACGACCAGCUGUUCUUUCUCAACUACGCCCAGAUCUGGUGCGGAUCCAUGCGGCCGGAGGACGCCCUGACCAAGAUCCGCUCGGCGGUCCACUCGCCGGGAUUCGUCCGUGUCCUGGGGCCCCUCUCGAAUUCGCGCGACUUCGCCCGCGCCUACAACUGUCCGCUGGGCAGCACCAUGAAUCCGGCGAAGAAGUGCAGCGUGUGGUAGUCGUCCGCCGGCUACCGGCCGAGGCGCCGAUGUUUUUUUUAUAUAUUUAUAUCGCAUACUACAUACCAUAGUACCAUAGUAUAUACAUAUGCCCAUAUACACAAUGCGCUACGAGUGGCCACCAACCACACCGAUGAGAUUGGGGAUCGAUCACCUGUUCUGUUCCAAUUUUAUUUUCGAGUUUCCUGUUCUUUUUUUUCCGUUUGUUAUAGCGCAGUAUUGCACAUGUACUUAUUACCUGGCUAUAUAAAUUUAUAGUGUGUUUUUAGCUGUACACUAGUGCGUUGUCAGAGUAGCCCACGAACACCCCGAUCCGCACUGUCCGACAUCUCUCCUUACCGGCAUUAUAUUCGUGAAUAAAGAACAAGUACGGAACA